AGGGGGUUUCCCUGUGCCUGCCGGAGUCUCCGCCGUGUCUCCGCCGGGGGAGCCUCCUCUUCCCUCCUCCUCCUCCUCCUCUUCUUCCUCGGCGUCACGUGAGCCCGAGUCUUGUGACUGGCCUGCGAGGAGCGAAGCACAUUGCCGCGGCGGGCGCGCCGUGCAGCUCCGGAGUUGCGCGGGUGCGUUCCUGGCGCGGGUGGGCAGGAUCCGUCCAUGCCCCGGGGGCGAAGGCGGCUUGCUGCUGUUGGAGCUGCCGGCUUAGCGGGGGCGAGGCUGCCUUCCCUUCCCGCCCUCCCUCUCCACCGCGCCGAGCCUGCCGUGCGCUCUCCGCCUCGGAGAGUUGCGCGCCCCUCCGCGCUCUCCCGCCUGCCUUGCGGGCUUCUCCUCGCGGCUGAUCCCCCGGCGGGGGCGGCCAGGAGCAGCCUCCGCCGCCGCCCUCCCCUUCGAGGAUCAUGGACAGCAAGCCCCUCCUCCAGGAUAGACCCCCGGCUUACAGCCCCGCUAGCCAAGCGGGCGCCGGCUACGAGUACGGGCCGAACAGCUACGGGGCCAUUCCGGCGCCCCAGCCCGGCUUCCAGCCGCCGCCGCCCUACACCUACCCCACCGGUCCUGGAGCUGGAUAUGUUGUGCCUUCGGGUCCACCGGCGCAUAACUACCCCAACACCACGUACACGAUAAUCCAGCAACCUCCCACCACGUCCGUCGUUGUCGUUGGCGGCUGCCCAGCUUGCAGAGUUGGUGUAUUGGAAGACACAUUCACCUGUCUCGGUGUCUUUUGUGCCAUCGUAUUCUUUCCUAUUGGAAUUCUCUUCUGUCUUGCAUUGAGGCAACGAAGAUGUCCUAACUGCGGUGCAACGUUUGGUUAAGGGAUCAACACAAAUAGGCUUUUUGGAAGCUGUAACUAUUGUAGUACCUUUUUUCUAAUGUAAAUGUCAUGUACAAUCAAGUUUACGCUUCAGAGAUGAUUUUGUAAAAGUGUGAUGAAAUUAGUCUGUCUCUUUCUCUUCUCUUGCAUGCGAAACUGAUCUAUGAGCAUGUGUGUGUGUGUGUGUGUGUGUGUAAGAAAGACACAAAUCCACCCCUACCCCCCGCUUUCUGUUUAAAAUGCACCUUUUGGAAAUUUAAAUAAAAGUGGGUUUUUGCAACUUCA